AGCAGACUUCCACACUGUGCUGACAUGUUGAGAACAUGAAUUCCUUUCAAGGCACUUUAAUGCCAUUCCUUUACCCUUGCCUCUGUCAGUCGGCCUCACCGUCUCUUCGAAGCAGUUCCCAUCGGAUUCCAUCGCAAAUACAACGGCAGCUUCUACACACCACUCGCCGGCAGAAUCAAUCCUCGCUUGCAGAGAUCAAUGCUGCUCGGCGUGCUGCCGCCUACGAGCCACCUCCGCCAGUCGCUUCUUCACGGCUGAACCCUUCACCGGACGACUACGGGCGCAAUGUCUUCAUCGACAAAUGCACCCUGACCGUACACGCCGGCUCAGGAGGAAAUGGCUGCGUCUCUUUUCUUCGCGAUGCUCACAUAUCAGAUGGUCCGCCCAAUGGAGGAGACGGCGGCUCGGGUGGCAACAUAUGGAUACAAGCCGUAGCCGGACAAACCAGUCUACACAAAAUAGCCAGGAGGGGCGUCGUGAAAGCGGGCCGAGGAAUCGGUGGUCAAGGCAAAAGCCAGGGAGGCCGCAAGGGCGAAGAUAUCUGCGUCCAAGUCCCAGUAGGGACAGUUGUGCGAGAAAUCUGGCGCAGCGACCCUCUCGCGGAGGAAGAAGCAAGGCUCCAAGAACUCCGAGCCAUGAGCGAAGAGGACCCGUACUCCCAGCCCGAUCACGGCCUACGAAACAAAUGGAUCCUUUAUGCUGGUGUCACCAACUCUGAGGUAAAGAACGUCGUCUCAAACCUCCCGCCUCCACCUAAACCGCGACGAUCUCAUCUUGCUGUCCUUCAACCACCGGCACCAAUCACCCUGGACCUCGACGAGCCCAUGGAUAAGCCCAUCCUCCUCGCAGCCGGCGGCGUUGGCGGUCUGGGGAAUCCUCACUUCGGGACGAAGGAAGACCCUAAGCCCAAGUUCGCAACAAAAGGCGAACUCGGCAUCCGGCUCAAACUUGAGCUCGAGCUCAAACUCCUCGCAGACGUAGGCCUUGUCGGGCUUCCCAACGCCGGUAAAUCUACACUUACCCGCGCGAUCAGCAACUCCCGCACGCGCAUCGGGGACUGGGCAUUCACCACGCUCGCCCCAACCAUCGGCACCGUCAUUCUGGACAAUAACGAAGGCCGGCCUCUCGUCCGCUCUGGCAUCGAAGGCGAACCACCGCGCGUCAACUUCACUGUGGCCGAUAUUCCGGGGCUCAUCGAAGACGCCCAUCUGGAUCGGGGCCUUGGCCUCGAGUUUCUCCGCCACGUUGAGCGCGCCAGGGUGCUCGCGUUUGUCAUCGACCUUUCCGCCGGCGACGCCGUGCUCGCUCUGAAGAAUCUCUGGAAAGAGGUCGGCGAGUACGAGGCCCUACGCAACAGGGAACUCAAUGAGCAAAGCCAGAGUCGACUAAUCAAUUGGUCGCCUUUCGAGCCGCAGGCCAACGAGCCGGACGCCACACUCUACGACGACGCCGGUGACGAGAUGUCAAUUUUCCCGCCUCCUCCGAUGAAUACUCCGCUGGAACCGCUCAAAUUGCCGCCCAUCAGCGCGAAGCCGUGGUUCGUCAUCGCCACGAAAGCGGACAAGGACGCCAGUGUCACGCAAAACGAGUUCACUAAGCUCGCGUCGUACGUCCGACAGGUCGAGGCCGGCGAGGUCGCGCAUCCCAGCGGAAACAGGAACGGCUGGAGGAAUCGCAUUGCUGCCAUUCCCGUGUCCGCGAUCAACAGUCAGGGUAUAGAUAAAGUCAUACGGUAUUCGGCGGGCGUAUUGGAUAGUUUAAAGAUUGGACAGUGAAAACAUUAGACAGAAUAGUGUGAGGCUGUAAUCGUUGCCGUAGUCCUACUGAAGGCACCGCGCGCAGUUUGUCUAUAAUGUAUUAACAUGUACAACCAUGCAUAGUAAAUUGGAAAACAGACAGUAUUCAAGUG